UGGCGCGGCGGCCGUUCGCGCUCUCCACUCGAAUCCUAAAACGCCGCCGAGACGCAGAGCCGCGGAGGCAGAGAGAGAGAGAGAGGGAGGCCGAAUCGAACGAACCACGUGCGCCCUCUCCUCCUCCUCCUCUCGCCGUCCCACCGGAGGCAAGCGAGGUAAUCUCUCUCUCUCUCUCCUCCUUCCUACAUAAUCGGUCGCGCGGCCUGUUCGUCGCGGUCGAUUCCGCCGGGCGACGCGAAAGAAGAAGCCUUUUCGAGUUCUUUUUCCGCUGCGCGUACGAGCGAUCGGCCGGCCGACGCAUAUUUCCGUACCGGAGGGGCCAGGCCGAGCAGAUAUAUAUACAAGAGGAGAGGCAGCAGGCACGCCGGACCCAGUGCAGAGCCUUCCUUCCUUGUCUUCUCCGUCGUCCCGAAGGAAGAGCCGUCGACGGCGGCGAUGAAGUACGUGUCCGGGCCCUACUUCGAGCCGGACUUCGAUCCCGUCCUCGACCGCUUCGGCACCCCAGGGGUCGUCGUCGACAAUGAGACGCGCGAGGACUGCACGCUCGUCAAGGUUGACAGCGUGAACCGGGACGGCGUGCUGCUGGAGAUGGUGCAGCUGCUCACCGAUCUCGACCUCGUCAUCUCCAAGUCCUACAUCUCCUCCGACGGCGGCUGGCUCAUGGACGGCAAGCACCGUCACCUUCCCUCCUCCUUCGUUUUUCUCCUCCGGCCGAUUCAUUAGGUCAAAAAAAAAACGAUCAUGGCUAACGAACGACGCUGAAUUUUCUAAUCUUCGUUUCGUUGGCCAUGUCAUGCAGUGUUCCACGUGACGGACCA